GACGCAGAUAAAUAAGAGACGCCUCAGACGAGCUCUCAUCCAUCUUCCUGUCACCUGUCUGCUGCAUUAUUGUAUUGUUUUUGACCACUGCACCCGAACGCACCUUCUGUCAUCUUUUAUCCUGACCAGGUUCUAAAGUGGACUGGAUCAGGACCAGGAUGGAUGUGGAGGAUCUGGACUAUCACUUGGUCAGCACAGAGUGCCUCCUGGACGCCUCCUCACCCUCCUCCCCCCCAGCCUUCCUCCUUCCCAGACCGUCGUCCUCCUCGUCUUCGUCCUCCCCCCUGAGCCUCCUGUGUGGACCCCCGCAUCUGCACUCCCCGUCAGGGUCGAGUUCCACGGCGCCGUCUGACGCUUCCUCGUGUUUUUCCACGUCGGAUCACUUUUCAUACGAGGUGGAGGCCCUCUUCAGAGGUGAUUUCCUGCCGCCUGUGGCGCCCAAGCGGCUGUGUCUGGUGUGUGGCGACAUGGCGUCAGGCUUCCACUACGGCGUGGCGUCCUGCGAGGCCUGCAAGGCCUUCUUCAAGCGUACCAUCCAAGGCAACAUGGAGUACAGCUGUCCUGUCAUGAACGAGUGUGAGAUCAACAAGCGAAGGAGGAAAGCGUGUCAAGCGUGUCGCUUCCAGAAGUGUCUCCAGGCCGGAAUGAUGAGGGAAGGCGUUCGCAUGGAUCGAGUGAGAGGAGGACGCCAGAAGUACAAAAGACGAGUGGAGGCUGGAAUGGCUUCACAUCCCAGAGUGCCGCACGCAGCCUGCAGCAUUCGAAACAAGGUCAUUUCCCAUUUGCUGCUGACAGAGCCCGCACCUUUGGCUGCCAAUCAGGAUGAAUCGACCAAUGACGGCAGCCUUUGCACCCUGCUUACCCUCUGUGACCUCCUCAACCGCCAGCUGCUCGUUCUGAUUGGCUGGGCCAAGCAGAUCCCAGGUUUCUCUGCGCUCUCAUUGGUCGACCAGAUGUCACUGCUGCAGAGUGGCUGGAUGGAGGCGCUACUGGUGGGCGUGGCCUGGCGCUCGCAGGGCGCGGCGGGUGAGGAGCUGGUGUUCGCCAAGAACCUUCGCCUGGAUGAGAGCCAGUGUCGCCUCGCCGGCCUGAGCGAGCUGUACGACGCCUUACGUCACCUGACGUCACGCUACCGCCUCAUGGAGCUGAGCACCGAGGAGGUGGUCACCCUCAAGGCCAUGGCCCUCGCUAACGCAGAUGUGGACCCACUGGACUGUCCUGACUCGGUGCAGCGCUUCCAGGACGGUCUACACGAGGCCUUACAGGAGUAUGAGUCGUCCUGCAGGGAGCAGCACCGAGCGGGACGCCUGCUGAUGAGCCUUCCGCUGCUACGUGAGACGGCGGAGCGAGCCGUGGAGGUUCUGCUGAGGACUCACCGCCAGCGCCGCCUUCCCCUUCACAGGCUACUGCUGGAGAUGCUGGACGCCAAGGUCUGAGCACUUCCUGUCCAUCAUCCAUGCUCAGUGACAGCAGAACAAUGAAAGACUCUGGACUGGAAACAGUUCUGUUCAGAACUUUGCGUCUAGAAGAACUGUUCGAAAAGUAGACUAUCACACCUCGCUGUGUGGAUUCUUUCCGCCAAAUGGAAUAUUUGGUGCCACAAGCAGGCGCAUUAGCACUGAUUAUAUGCUAGCUUGGUUAGCAAGACGGCGGGCACGGAUGCAACUGCUGCUUUGUGGGCGGGGCUUAGCCAACUUUAGUUACAUGUUUACCCAGCAGGGUGCUCUCAAGUUCAUUUUUGAUGAUUUAAGACUUGUAACUGUGUGAUGACCUGCUGAUUGACAGCGCUUUGAUCACUUAUCGAUCACUGAUUAGUUUUCUUCACUGAGCUGAAGAAUUUACUUGAAUCAACCUUCAUGCAAGUUCAUUUGCAUUAAAAGAACCUAUUUUCAA